AUGUCAAAUUCAAAAUCCAUAAACGAUAUUCUUCUAUGUGAUGAUAAUGAACGUUUGGAGCAUCUUAUACAAAUUUUUGCUAAAUAUCAAAUGGCUGGAAAACGAUAUGAAGCAAAAGCAUGGCAUGCUUAUUUUCGACGUAUUGCUAUUAAUCCUGUUAUUUUUUAUCAACAUAAUGCAACACUUUUUUAUGAAGAUAAUCAAUAUGAUCAUGAAACAUUCCAAGUCAUGGAACCGACUUGUAUUCAUGGUGACUUACAUAUUGGUCAAUUUCAAUACUAUUUCGAUGAUGUCAACAAUGAACGCGUACUUAGAAUGAUACAUCACAAAAAAAUUAUUGCACCAUUUACAUGGGAUCUCAAACGUUUAGCAACAAAUCUUGUACUUGUUGCUUAUUAUCAAGGUUUUAGCGAUACUGAAAUAAUUGAAAUAUUACAUGUUUUUAUUCGACAAUAUAUUAAAAAUGUUACAACAAGAACAGGCAAAAUCAAUCUAUGCAGAAAAUAUUCGGAUAAAAAUGAACAAUAUAAUCAAUUAAAAUCAUGCCUAUCACAUAGGCAAAUUUCAGUCAUUGGUUCAACGCCCAUUCAACAUAAUAUGCAUGAUAUUGAUUGGAAAAAACUUGAUACUGUAGCCAGUUUCAUAAUUUUCGCUGAACAAUUUGCUAUUGUUGUUGCCAAUUCACAUUGCCAACCACCAGUUUCUAUUUCACCAACACAGUAUUUGAUAGAAAACAAUGCUGAACAUUGUACACAUGUUAUUCAAACAGCUUUAUCUUCAAAGACUCAACAACAAGAAUUAAUUAAUGAUAUUUGUCUUUUUUCUAUGAUUUAUGCUGAAAUAGCUGAACGUGAUCAUCGGCUUUUUUUUAAACAUUUUCGUAAUGAAAGAAUAUUUAAUGGUAUAAAUGUACUUAAUCGUACUCGAAUACCACAUCCGUUAGCUGAUGCUCGUUCAUUAUCUAUAUUAAUUGUGGGUGGAGGUAUUGGUGGUAUGGCAACAGCAUUAAGUUUUGCUCGAGCCGGUAUACGAGUUCAUUUAUUUGAAAAAAAGGAGGAAUUUGGUGAAGUUGGUGCUGGCAUGCAAUUGGCACCAAAUUGUAGUCGUUUACUCGAUCGUCUUGGUGUUUUAAAACAAAUACAAUCUAAUGCUGUUUUUCCUAAACAAAUUGUAUGGAUGGAUGCUUUAACUGGUCAACGUCUUACAGCUAUUGAUUUAGGUGCUAAAUAUAUUGAAGCAUUUGAUUAUCCAUAUAUAGUUGUACAUCGAGCUGAUCUUUUUGAUGCACUUUAUCAAGCAUGUUUAGAAAAUUCACUAAUAAUAAUGGAAACAAAUCGUGCAGUAACAAGUGUUGAUGAACGACCAAAAUCAGUAAUGGUUGAAUGUGCAGAUGGAACGCGUUACGAUUGUAAUAUGGUUAUUGCAGCUGAUGGUCUUUGGUCAUCAUUAAGAAAAUUUGUUUGUGAUGAUGGAGCACCACUUAGCGUUGGUUAUGUUACUUACCGAGGAACAAUAGAUAUUAAACAAGUUUCAGAAGAAGCUGGCCUUGAAAAUGUUCAAUUUUGGAUAGGACCUUCGAUGCAUUUAGUACAAUAUCCAAUUCGACGAGGAGAAUUAUAUAAUCAAGCAGCUGUAUUUAAGUCAAACAAAAUGCCUGAUGAUACAGAUCAAUGGGGAACAAAAGAAGAACUUAAUCAACGAUUUAGUAUUGGAUGUGAACAUAUUAAAAAUGCUUUAAAAUCAAUUCAAACCAAUAUUCGAUGGCCUGUUUAUGAUCGUAAUCCAUUAUCGAAAUGGAGUCGUGGCCGAUUAGUAUUAUUAGGGGAUGCAGCUCAUCCCAUGUUACAAUAUGCUGGUCAAGGUGCUGCACAAGCAUUAGAAGAUGCGGAUGCACUUGUGACUGCUUACAAAAAGUAUGGACCACUAAAAAUUGAUUGUGUAUUUCGAGAAUAUGAACAAAACCGAAUACCUCGUUCAUCAAAAGUUGUUCAAUUCGCACGUGAUAUUGGUACUUUCGCACAUUAUAAUGGAGUGAAAAAAAUUGUUCGUGAUCAAAUAUUAAAGAAACAUGAUAUGUAUGAUUAUGAAUUUUUGAAAUGGUUAUAUGAAGAUAAUCAAAACGACGGAAACAGGAGUGAUACGAUCGAAGGAAAGAUUGAACGGAUCACUACUCUCGGCGUCGAAAAAUUUUCGGUCGAUGCUUCUCCGUAUUGGAAAACUUUGGUGGAUCAAUUUUCUCCAAGUUUGGGGAACUUACUGAAUGAUGGUCUGAAAAUUUGCAGAAAUAUUUUAGACAUCGUGCUCUGA